AUGACAUCUGAGAGUGGGAUAUGUAGAUAUAAAUAUAUCUACUUGUAUCUACAUAUAUCUAUAUCAAUCUUUUCUCCAGUUACUAUCAUUUGUUUUUACUCAGUUAAUUUAACUUUUGAUUCUAUCUAUCUAUCUAUCUAUCUAUCUAUCUAUCUAUCUAUCUUUUGCAUAAAUAAUGGCUAUAAACAUAAUAGGAGGCUUUUUCUUCAGGGCAGCAAAUCACAUGAGAUCAGGCGACGCGCUGGUACUCUGCUCUCUCUGCAGACUCUUUGCCGUAGUCUGUCCGCGGUGUCACCGCCGUCUCUGUCUAUGAAUCUACUCGGCGUUCUGUUUUUGUGGACUCAUGCGCAAGGGCUGAGGUGUGGCAUGACGUGCUCUGUACAUGCCAGCGUUUCCCAAACAAACCAAUCAGGUCUCUAUCUGCAAAUGUCCAGUAUGGGGGAGCCCCAUCUCCCUCCUUGGAAUUCUACUUGGGAUUUCUCCUUCUUGCUUUGUCUGAGUGCCUCUCACCAUCACUGCCCGAGUGGUGUGAAAAGUCCUCCGCCUUCCCUGAAAUUCCACCUGAUCCCUCUCCUCCUUGGUCACUUGACCAAACCCGUCCCCCAAGGGCUAGGCGUGAUCUAUUCCAAUGGCCAAAUUUUAAUUAUCGUUCAAAAUUCUUUCUUAUCAUGCUUUUGCGUGUGGUCGUUUUCGCAUAUGGAAUUUAUCAUUUUUAUCUCCUCGUCAAUCAUUUGGCCAACAAGUGGUAAAAAGGAAACGAUUCCUUGA